AUGGCAGGAAUGUACAUGAUAAAUGAUGCAAUAAGUUAUCCUGCUGGGGAUGCAACGAUAUUUGUCGGAGGACUCGACUCUAGUGUCACUAGCGAAGAUCUAAAGCAACCUUUCUCUGCGUAUGGGGAAAUAGUCUCUGUCAAUAUUCCUCUUGGCAAAGAAUGUGGAUUUGUUCAAUUUGUUAAUAGACAAAAUGCAGAGGAGGCUUUGAAGAAACUAAAUGGGACUGUAAUUCAAAACCGUAGAGUUCGGCUUGCUUGGGGACAAAAUAAGCUGCCUAGAUAUAACUAUGGAAACCAAUGGUUUGGGGCAUACUAUGGAGGACAGCAUUACAAUGGGUAUGGAUACAUGGUACCGCAACCUCAUGACCCGAGAAUGUAUGCAGUUGCACCUUAUGGAGGGUAUCCAAUGUAUGGUGGUCCCCAGCAACAAGUUAGCCGAGGAAAUUGACCUGAGUACAUACAGAGGCAAAACUCACUCAACUAUAGGUGAUGACCAGAGGGGAAAGAAAUAAAAAAGUGUCUCACAUUUUGUCUAUCCUUAGAAUUUAUGGUUUGUCUUGUAGUGGGAAAAUGAGUUUUGUGAAAACUGUAGCAAUAAUUUAAGAGAG